AUGUCGAGAUUGUACAGAGAGUAUGAUAGGCUAAAGCGGCCUCCGACAAAGCAGAACGAAUCGACGAAACCUGCAAAGCCACUUCAUGCAACCCCUAAGAAAGCUGGCCCAGUAGCAGCAACACCACAAAAGCCCAACUCGCAAUUCCUUGUCCCGAGCAUCCCGUCAUUACAAGAGGAGGAAGUAGAGUUGGAACCCACGCCUGCCGCUGUACGAAUGCACCUAGGCCCCACACCACAAAAGGACGGCCAUAUUCUGAGUCUCUUUGACGACCUGUCGUCAACUGCAUCCAAGGCAUCUCGAACCGCUCUCGCAUCCAUAGAAGCGAAUGCAAACUUUACACCGAGUAAACCAUCACAACCUCUCUUCGGCAAUAACGAGUCGCCACCUGAGAACGUACAUGACCGCACUCCUGCAUCAAGUAGCAAGCGCUUCUUACUCGACUCGUUCGUCUCGACCACACCUCUAAAGAGAAAGCGUGAGGAUGAUGAGCCCACUCACGCUACGCCAUCGAGUGCGAAGGGUCUCUCGACACCCGCCUUCUUGCGUAGGACAUCCAACAUGCUCAUAAUGAACACUCUGGUCGAGGAAGCCGAAAACGAUCACGAGAUGAAGAGUAUGAACAUCGGCAGAAUGCGGCAACCACCCUUCAAGAAGCGUGGUAUUGUUAGAAGUCUAAGCAGCAUUAUCCAAGGUCUACGAAAACAGGAGGACGAUAAGCUCGAUGAAGAGCUGGAGAUGAUGCGCGAGAUGGAGAACGGUGAUGACGAUCAUGAACCAGUCAAGCCUGCUGUUCAAGUCGAAGACAGUCAAGUUGCUAUGCCACUGGGUCCUGAUCAAGCGAUCGAGAGCGAAGAAUCAGAAGAGGAAGAGCAGAACAACGGCGUCUUCCGAAAGCCGUGGAAGAAGAAGGGCUUGAAGCGCCAGACAAAGCGUGUCAUCACUCAAGGAGAUCAUCCCGAACCGACUUCUGACAACGAAGGCAAUGUCGCUGAAACACAGCUUCCUGCUGCACUGAAUGAUAUCGACUCCGACGCAGAUUCAGAUGCAGCAUACAGUGAUACAGAAGCCAAGCGUAAACGACAACUAACAAAGACUACAACUACGGAUAAAGACAAUGCUUCAAAGAGCUCCAAGAGCGAUGGCAUUGUCAAAAAGACAGCCAAGAAGAUCAGCGCCACUGCACACGCCAACUUCAGAAAGCUCAACAUCAAGAACAAGAACUCGAAAGCUAACGGCAGAGGUAGAUUCGGAAAGAGGUGA